AUGCCGGACCAGAUCUCCGUGUCCGAGUUCAUCGCUGAGACCACCGAGGACUACAACUCGCCCACUACUUCCAGCUUCACCGCGCGGCUGCACGACUGCAGGAACACCGUGGCGCUGCUGGAGGAGGCGCUAGACCAAGAUAGAACAGCUUUACAGAAGGUGAAGAAGUCUGUGAAAGCCAUCUACAACUCUGGUCAAGACCAUGUACAAAAUGAAGAAAACUAUGCCCAAGUUCUGGACAAGUUCGGGAGUAAUUUUUUAAGUGGAGACAACCGGGACCUUGGCACUGCGUUUGUCCAGUUUUCCACGCUCACAAAGGAGCUGUCCACCGUGCUGAAAACUCUGCUGAGCCAGAACGUGAUCUUCACCUUGGGCUGA